AUGUUGGGGGAUAUUGUUAUUGCGGAGCCAAACGCAACCAUUGCAUUUGCGGGUAAAAGAGUGAUUGAACAAUUGUUGAAUGUGGAAGUGCCUGAAGGUUCCCAAUCGGCGGACCUUUUAUUCGACAAGGGAGUAUUGGAUUCAGUCGUACCACGUCAUUUUUUAAAGCAGUUUUUAACGGGGUUAUUUCAGUUCCAUGGUUUCGUUCCUUUGACUAAAAAUGAACUACAGGAAUAG